AUGCUCGACCGCGCGCCAACGUCCGUGCAAGCGGCUCUGGCCUCGUCUCCUCUGGCCGUGCAAGUCUCGAUCUUCGUGGGCGGUCUCGUGCUCGUCCGCUUCGCGCUGCAUCUGCUACUUGCGCUCUACACGUUCUUCAUCCGCCCGGCCAAGAGCCUCAAGAGCUUUGGCCAAUGGGGCGUGGUCACAGGCGCCACCGACGGCAUUGGCAAGGCGCUCGCCAUGGAGCUCGCGCGCAAGGGAAUGAACGUGGUGCUCGUGAGCCGCACGCAGAGCCGUCUCGAGGACGUGCGUGCGGAGAUCCAGCGCAAGUACCCCACCGCACAGGUCGAGAUCUUGGCCGUCAACUUCGACCGCAUCGACGACGUCAGUGUCCGCGAGGAGCUACGAAAGACGCUGGACCACGUGAAGGACAUUGGCGUGCUCUUCAACAACGUCGGCGUCUCGUACGACUUUCCCGAGUUCUUUGACCAGCUCUCGGCCGACCGCGUCGACAGCCUCAUUAAGCUCAACGUGACCGCUGCUACCGUCCUGAGCCAGCUCGUGCUUCCUGGCAUGGUGCAGCGCAAACGCGGCGCCAUCGUCAACGUCAGCUCGGGCUCGGGCCGUCUCGUGGUGCCGCUGCUCAGCGAGUACAGCGCGACGAAGAAGUACAUUGAGCAGUUGACGCUCUGCCUCGCAGCGGAAUACCGCGCCAAGAACGUGCACGUCCAGUGCCACGUGCCCAUGUUCGUGUCGACAAAGCUGGCCAAGAUCCGCCGGUCGAGCUUCCUCGUGCCGUCGCCUGCGACGUACGCGCGCGCGUCGGUGGCGCAUCUCGGCCGCGACACGCUCCUCUCGCCCUACUGGCCGCACGCGCUGCAGAUCUGGCUGUACGAGAGCGUGCCGACGUGGCUACUGAGCAAGACCGCUAUGGCGACGCACCUGUCGCUGCGCAAGCGUGCGCUCGAGAAGCUCGAGGCCAAGAAGACGCAGUGA